AACUGGAGUCUCCACCUUUUUAUGUAUAUCCGUGUGACAGAGUGCGACUCGAAGUGUCACUGAAUGAGGGGGACGGGGGUGUCGUCAUCGACGUGUAGCUACGCUCAGGAGGAGGAGGCGUGGGUCGCUCUCCCCUGUGUUUGCAUCUGUUCAAGUGAGGGAGGCCAGGCUACCUUUGGAUGUCAUCAUGUCACUAACGGCCGUCCUUGCAACCACAGCAUCAGUGUAACUCACGGUGGCCAUAAGCGGUUCCAAGCCACACAGAAAUGGGUGGCCAGAUAACGCGAAAUGCUUUGUACGAUGAAGAUGAUUAUGCUGGUGAAAGGGCGCAAUUGGAAACUCCAUUGGUGGGCCCUUCCCAUCCACAUCCCACCGCUGUCACCACAAGAACAAGAGAUGCCUGCCUAUCCAGUGUGCCAGUGUUGGUGGUCCCUUUCCAGUCAGCCCACUUCUCUUUCAUCCUAACGCUAAGGGUUCUCAAAUUGUCAUGGACCUUUCUCAGAAGAUAGUCAAGAGGCAGGGUAGUUUCUGCAAUGCUAUCACCUUCAGCAACAGGCCCAUAGUCCUGUAUGAGCAAGUCCGUCUCAAGAUAACUAAAAAGCAGUGUUGUUGGAGUGGAGCACUACGUCUGGGGUUCACCUCCAAAGAUCCCUGCAGGAUAAACCCAGACAACUUGCCAAAGUAUGCCUGCCCAGACCUGGUGUCCCAGAGUGGCUUCUGGGCAAAGGCUCUACCUGAAGAGUUUGCUAACGAGGGGAAUGUUAUUGCCUUCUGGGUUGACAAGAAGGGCCGUGUUUUCUACCGCAUAGAUGAGUCCAGCCCCAUACUGUUUUUCAGUGGAGUCCGAACCAUCGAGCCCCUCUGGGCUCUAAUUGAUGUUUAUGGUUUGACCCGUGGAGUGCAGCUGCUCGACAGUGAGAUUGUUCCUCCCGACCGCCUGCGCCCUCGCUCUUUCACAACAGUGCAGUCCUCCUCUCUCCGCCGUGAGGCAGAUGAAUCGCGUCUCUCUGUUAGCCUGUGUGACCUCAACCUUCAGCCGGAGGAUGGAAGCAACUCCCACAAUCACACACACCAUCAAACACUCCACCUGGCCUCAGCCUCCUCUGUCUGUCCGAUACCUCAGAACUCCCUAAACGCACAGCAAUCAUCUCUUCUGCCGUCAGUCCUGGAGAGUGAUCUCCACUUCCACCAGUUGCGUGGGGCCCAUAUUAAGACGCUAGAUGAACAGACUGUGGCGAGAUCGGAGCAUUCACGUGAGGAGCGCACUCUGGUUUUUACCAGCCGCCCCUUACGAACUGGAGAGUGCGUGUUUAUCAAAGUCACCAAGUCCAGUCCAGCCCGCUCUGGCACCUUGUCCUAUGGAGUGACAUCAUGUGACCCGGCUGUGCUGCGCCCCAGUGACCUGCCAUAUAAUCCAGAGGCUCUAGUCGACAGAAAGGAGUUUUGGGCAGUGUGUCGAGUGCCCACGCCUCUACAAUGCAGUGAUAUCCUAGGUUUCUUGGUCAACCAAGAAGGGGAAGUCAUUUUAAGCCACAAUGGCACCAAUGUUGGAAUGCAAGUAUGUGUGGACAACUCACGCCCACUGUGGAUGUUCUUUGGUCUGCAUGGGGCUGUCACUCAGCUGAGAAUUCUGGGAUCUACUCAUUUUGGAGAUAGACGGGCCGGGUCGAACCCCGUUUCGCCCUCCUCAUCACCACACACUCCAAUUGCCCUGGGCAACAGCAGCUCAGAUCCUGUCCUUAAUGGAGGCGGUUGCUCGGCAGCUUACUGCAGCUCACCAGGGGGAACAACCCCAAAUUCUCCAGUCAACUUUCCUAAGUCACCUACCUUUCCAUCAGGCCGUGGCCCUCGGUCUGAUGAGUGCUCAAUCUGUUACGAGAAACCAGUGGACACAGUCAUUUAUGCCUGUGGACACAUGUGUCUUUGUUAUACUUGUGGCCUGAAGCUCAAGAAAAUGUCCAAUGCCUGUUGCCCCAUCUGCAGAAGGCAGAUUAAAGACAUUAUCAAGACCUACCGAAGUACAUAAGAGCACAUAAUGGGGCUGCCAACUCCCAGAUAUGAGGGGAAUGUAAGGGAAAAUCUUGAUAUUUUGAUAAUACAAUUAUUGUUGGUUGAGUCUGAAUCUUAAUCAAUCCAGGUACAAUACUGCUCAUAAUGAGAUCUCAGACAGAGGCAGUACUUGAAGUGAAAGAAAUACAGUACCUGCCACAAGUGUUUCCUCCCCGUGAGCACUCUGAAAACUUAUUAGUAGAGGGGAAGCACUAAAACAAUUUUCAUCAAAGGUUUAAUUUAAUGAGCCAUGCUGCUACAAUGCAGGGACUGUGCUAAAACACAGUGUCUCCUCUGGGCGGAAUGUUAUGUUUUUUUUCAGGACUUGAUGCAGAACUUGGUCAACCAGAUAUGUAGAGUAUGUCUGAUGGGACCAGCAAAAACAAGCACACUCACAGCAUAUAAGUUAUUUCAGUAUCUCGCAACUUGUGUCUGUAUUGCUGAGCUCAACUUGGCAAUAGUUGAAUCAGGCUCAGACAAGACAAUGAAGUGAUGAAUCAUUGUUAUUGCAAGGGUAAUCUGUGAGUGAUGUGUUUAGAAACAAUGCUGACUGUAAGUAGUAUUGCACAGCUUGUAUUCUCAUUUUAUCAACUGUACGUUUAUUUUAGUUCUACUUCUAUUGUUGGUAGUAGGUACAGUUGAAGCCAGAAAUUAACACACUGCGCAAAAACAGACGUUUCAUUUUUUGUUUCACUGUCUGAAGUAAAAUCAGACUAAACCUCUCAUGUUGAACAUUGUUGGGAUAGGCUCUGGCAAUCCUGCGACCCAUGUGAGGAAAGCAGCUUGAAUAUUGGAUGGAUGGAUGGAUGUGCAUGACUUGGGUCUAACAUUUUGGGUAACCUUGCACAAGCUCCUGACAGUACUCCACUGGAAUCCUGCCCCAUUCCUCUUGACAAAACCGGUAACUGAGUCAGGAUUGUCGGUUGGCUUGCUCGCACACGCCUUCUUAUAUGUGCCCUCAAAUUUUCGAUAAAAUUCAGAUCAGGGCUUUGUGAUGGCCACUCCAAGACAUUGAGCUUGUUAUCCUCAACCCAUUUUUUCACAUUUUGACUGAAUGCUUAGGGUCAUUGUUUAUCUGGAAGACCCAGUUACGCCCAAGUUAUGUUUCCUGGGUGAUGUCUUGAGAUGUUGCCUUAUUACAGUCGUACCUCUACUUAUGAACAUCUCUCUCAUUGGCUAUCGUCGGAGUAUUUUCCUGGCAACCCUUUGGUUAGGAGGGAUGGCAAUUUUUACCCAUUAUGCACUUCCUAUAUCUUAUCUAGUGUGGCGCGACAGAGUUGCUCUCCUAAUGGCUAUCAUGUAGCAUCAUCCUGGCAUCCCAUUGGCGAGGAGUGACGCCAAUCUUUACCGGUGAUAUACUUCCUGUAUCUUGCUUUGUGUGGCAUGAUAGAGCUGUUCUCUUUGACACUCGAUGGUCACCGAAUCACGCUGGCGCUGUCACAAGCUAACGCAUAUUGGAAAAGUAAAACUUUUCAUUUGUCUUUUUUUUUCAAGCUUAUUCAUCUUUCUUCACCAUGGACCCCAAGAAUCUUUAGUGGAAUUAAGUUGUGUGCGUGUGUACAUUUGUACAUUAUUUUAUAUCUCGGCUGUCAAAGUUUGCCUCCUCCAUCGCCAUGAUGCUUUUUCCUCAUCACUCACCCAUCUCUUCGCAUAGUUUCCCAACGCCAAAGGUAAAUGAUCAUAAAUUUUUACAUUAUUGUUUACAUUAUUAACUUUGAAUGCUUAUUUUUGACGGCGGGGUCGGGGGGCUUGGAACAGAUUAUGCUAUUUACGUGUAAAAUACGCUCCUACUUAGAAAAAUUCAGGUUGCCAAACGACUUCCAGAACGGAUCCAUUUCGUAAGUAGAGGUACUACUGUAUCUCCAUGUAAUGUUCUUUCUUCAUGAUGCCAUCUAUUUUAUGAGGAGCUCCAGUUAUUGGUGCAGCAAAACAGCCCCACAAUAUGAUGCUGCCACCUCCAUGCUUCGUAGUUGGUAUGGUGUUCUCAGAUCUACAAGCUUCCCCCUUUUCCCUCCAGAUGUAACAUUGAUUAUUUUGACCAAAGUGCUCCAUUUUAUUCUCAUCAAACCACAGGAUAUAGCUCCAGAAGUUAAGGGUUAGAAGUUAGAAGUUAAGAUGUCUUUUUGCAAACUGUAUUCUGUUUUUUUGUUUGUUUGUUUUCGGAAUGAUGGCUUCAUUCUUGGUGAGUGGCCUUUCAGCCUAUGUCGGUGCAGGACUCGUUUCACUGUGGAUAAUGACUAACCAGAUUCAUCCAGGAUCUUCACAACGUCUCUAGUACUUGUUCUGGGGUUGAGUCACACAUUUCCCACCAAAACACAUUCUUCUUUGGGACACAGAGCAUAUCUCCUCCCUGUGUGGUGUGAUAGCUGGACAUUCCCUUGAUGUUAAUAUGUUUGGAUAAUCGUUUGAACGGAUGAAUGUAGCACCUUUAAGCAUCUGGAAAUUAGGUGUGGCCUUCUUUAGGCGUAAUCCUUUCAUUCUUGCUGAAUGGCCUUCAUGCCCAUGUCGGUGGAGGACUUGCUUCACGGUGGAUAAGGACACAUUCUUACCAGCUUCUUCCAGAAGUCAUGACAAGGUCACUUGUUUUUGUUCUGGGCUUGAUUCACACAUUUCGGACCAAAACACGUUAAUCUUUGGGACACAGAGCUAGUCUUCUUCCUGAGUGGUGUGAUGGCUGAACAUUCUCAUGAUGUUUAUACUUGCAUAUAAUUGUUUGAACAGAUGUAUGCAGCACCUUCAACCAUCUGGAAAUUGCACCCAAGGAUGAGCCAGAGUUGUGGAGUGCCACAAUUCUGUGAUUUCAUACACAUUUUUUUAUGUCACACAAGCAAGGAGAGUGUUUGAAGUGUGGCCUUAUAUACAUCCCCAGAUGUGCUGUCAGUUAUGUUGACAUGUUGUCAGUUAAUCUCUCAGGAGCUACCGUCUAAACCUCAUCAUCUGGGCUUCCCAGUGUUCUUUAAAAACAACUUUUUGUGUGUGUAAAAUUUGACCUUGAAGGAAAUACAACAUUCUCUCUCUCUCUCUCUCUCUCUCUCUCUCUCUCUCUCUCUCUCAUUAUUAUGGCAAAAUUAAACAAUGUCUGUGAUCCUGACUGACCUGAAACAGGAGAGGUUUAGUUUUAUUUGACUUCAGACACUGAGACAAAAAAAAUGAAAUGUGUGAUUUUUCACAGUGAAUGUUAACAUCAACUGUAUAUUGUGCUAGCUAGCAACUUGCCCUCCAAUAUGAUUUGUUGCACUGAAAUCAGUAUCUUCAUGGAAAUGCCCCAUUGCUGUGAGACAGUUGAAAGAAAUUAAUGGGUUUAAACAAUCAGCAGACUCAGCCGCUCACAAUUUUUAAAAAAAUCUAACGGAGUGGAUUCUCAGGGCCCGUUUUUUUUUUUUUUUAACAGGCUAUUUUCCCAAACUAGUCAUAGCCAUCCCUGAUGCACUGUGAAUAAUCCUGACAUUCACAGCUCCUCAAAAAUAGCUCCGAAAGAACACGUGAAGUCAAGGUUGCCAUGGUAUCAGAAGGAAAUGGAGUUAUGACAGCUUCCUGCCUUAACCCACGUUUGUAACAAGCAGAUGUAUCUAUUAGAAGGAAACUAACCAAAAAUGCCAUUGUGUAACAGAAAGCAGUCACAUUCUUCACUCAGUGAAGAAAAAAAGUACACAAAUGCUUAAUUAUUUUUAUAGAUCCACGAAGGUUCCCACAUUAUAUGAACAUGUCUUCUGACUUUUGUGAAAAAGUUUUCAGCAGUAGCAUAAAAAUGUAAAAUGUAUGUAAAAUGUAAAACCUUCAUAAAAAUGUAGUUGCCAGACAGUGAUAUAAUAACUCAUUUGAAAUAUUUGAAUGAUUGGUCUCCCACACUUUUGAUUCUAAAUCAUCCUUAUCAAAUCAUCUAUCCAUUCAUCAUCUGUUUAUUCUGUUCAGGUCGCUUGAGCACCCACAGCUUUCUUUAUUUCUGAGUCAGACCACAAGAUUUUAUCUUCAUUCUUGGGCCAAUUUGGUAUUGCAGCCGAUUGUGCGGAUUGGGCCUGACAUAUUUUGUCAGGAACAACAAAAUUCCUUGUGUAACAAUCUUCUAUCAAAAAUUUGGCAUCAGAUGUUACAAUGAAAAGUCUGGAAUGUUUGACUUUUUAGGGGGGGAUAUCAUACAUACACUGACAUAAUGAGAACCCUGCAACAUACCAUCUUGUAAUGGCACGUCGGCGCCCUUGUUCUACUCGUCCAAACAAUGAUGUUAGAGUGAAAUGGCAGGCUUCAGAAACCCAGUGAGAAACAUCACUUCAAGUUUCCAGGACGAAUGGAAAGCCCAAACCAUUCUCCCUGGAGCACCCAGCGAUGACAUUUGUUUUCUCUUUGUUCUUUUUUCACCACACAUGUUUUCCACAAACAAAAUUAGGACCUCUUCCCCCAUGGCUGUUUUUUCUGCGAUGGUAGUGUUUAUAUCCGGUAGCAUAGAUAUGUUUUCCAUUCCCGCCUCCUCUGACAAUUUGAUUUGAUAAGAUUAGCCCAGUGACCAUAAUUCAGUAAACCCUCAUUUAUCACUGUUUGUUUUCCAGAAAACCGCUGCAAUAAAUAAAUGAAGUAAUGAUUAGUAUUUCAUACAUUUACAAGUUUCAUAUAUGCAAUUAAAUGCCAGUUCGUGAUUUUCUAGAGGUGCAGGUAUUUUAUUUAUUCACUUGAGAUCACCAUCCACACACUCUACACAAGCACAUGGCUAAUAAAGGCAAGUGAUCGACUUGAAUGAUGUGAACAGCAGCCCAUGCUUUAAUAUGUCAGGCUAAGGUUAUGUAUGUAUAAGAUUGAAAUUGUGAUUUUUUUUUUUUCAUAGAUCUCGACUGGCUAGUAUUUUACACAGGCUUUCCAAUUAUGUUAAACAUGACUGACCAAAUGUGUCAAUCUAAGGAUACAUUUUCUGCUACGAAAAGGAGCCCAAUUGACCUCACGUAAAUCAUUCCUGCCACAUGAAACUCAUACAGCCAAUAAAGCAAAUUAUUAGACGUGCAAGUGAGUAACUGCACUACAAUGAUGUACAAAAAAAUGCUGUCUGGAAUUCACACUAUGUAAACCACAAUAUAGAGAGGUGAUGGAAACAUAGCAGGAUUUUAUGGCAGGAAUCAGAUGUUUCAUCUUGAGGGACCAGACUUGUGUUCUUGUGGUCUGAGCCAGGGAUUAGGAAAGGUGAACUGCCAGUCAAAUCACAAAGCACACAUAAACAAACAUUCAGACCUAGGGUAGCAUCCUUGUCUUUAUGAUUUCCUGAACUGUAAUUCCAUCCCAUUGUCCAUCCAUCUAUUUGUUUUUAAUGCCGCAUAUCCCAGGUCGUGAGGCACUAGAACCUAUUCCAGCUGACUUUGGGUGAAAGGUGAAGGACACCCUGAACUGGUCACCAGUCAGUCGCAGGGCACAUAUAGACACAAUCACUGACUGGGAACUGAACCCACGCUCCCAGCACCAAUGUCAGCCGAGUGUACCACUACACCAUCAGUGAGUAGUUCCAUCCCAUUGUAUCAUGUGUAAUUGAUCAGUUCAACAAUGAAACCUAACAAUACAUAACUUCCUCAAAUAAAGCAACCCAUAUAAGAUGGAGAAGGGAUGUUUUGUACGUUUGUACUUAUUUUGUAGAUAAAUGGGGCUCAAAGCUUUGCUGCCGAUGUGUCUCCUAGCUGCCCUUCACCAGUCAAUGCUAACAAUGAUUAGCAUCGUCCAGACAUGCCGUACAGGUUUUUUAUGCUACUGCUUGAAGAGUUGAAUCAUAUUUGAAUGUUAAUUUAUGUAUGUAGAAAAAUGUUAUCAUUUUUUAUUGUUGUGCUUCAAUUGAAAAUCUGCUUUUUCUAGGAUUAUAUGGAUUGAUUUUUUUUUUUUCUCCAUCAUUUUUUUUUUUUUUACUCUCAACAUGAAAAUCUAAAUGUAUUCUAGUUUUGUAAUAGUACAAAUGUUUUAUUGUACAUUGCACCCUUGUAGUACACAAUCUGAGUUGCUGGAUAUGAACUACAGUAUUGGGUUUAUUACAAUCUCUGAACUCCAUAUGUUGCUUUUUGCUGUGAAAUAUAUUGUAUGUAUACCCAUGUUACAUUAGAGAAUUCUAAAUCCCAUUUGGAACUCCUACAAUACUGUGUGAAAGCCAUCAUUGUAUCCCGUUAGGUGGUGAUAACGUCACUUUAAUUAAGCAACUGAUUGUACAUUUGGAAAUGUUUAUGCCCGUGUUUGAGUCAUGGUAUGUUUUUUAAUUUGCACUCAGACCACAUAUACACUUUAACCCUUUUUCAGUUCAUUUGCAUUACAUUCAUUCAUAAAAGUCAAUGCAGUGAAAUAAUUUCUGGUACCAUGUUGACAAAUGGUUAAUCUGUUUUUCUAAUUUAUACUCAUUUACCUUUGCAUUCAAAAUAUUCAAAUGGCUGCUUGAAUGUGACUGACCCUGUAAUGUGGUAAUAAUCCAUCACUGAUGAGAGGGCUAGAUCCUCUUAAUUUACGUUUCUUCAUUCUGUUUUGUGUGUUUGCAGUAUUUUAAAUUGCUAUUUUAUGACUCCAUUCUGUUUUGUGUCUUUGCAGUAUUUUAAAUUGCUACUAUAAUGUGUGUGUAUGCAUAGAUUACAACACAAUUAGAUUGUCACUAUAGAUUUUUUUUGUCAUGUAUGGCUGAUUUGUUUACCUUAUCUGAAGUUUGGGACCAAAAGUGUGCAUCUCUACUUUUCUCAGUUUUGCCAUAGUUGUGAUGAAGUAUUUGGUAAACCUCAAUUUUCUUUCAAUUCAAUUCAAGCGUUGUAAACUGUAUUCAGUGAGUCAGAUGAUUGUGGUGAAUAAACUUUCAAUGUGUUUGUGAAAAAUGUGUUUUGUAUUUACGUCAGAGAUGCAGUGGUGUGGAAUUACAUUAUAUGCUGGAAUUUAUAAUAUUUUGACUUUGCAGCAGUCGAGCAACAUUACUACAACAAUACAAAAUACAGUAAAACCUAGGGUGCUAUUUUUGCAGACUGCAGCUGCACCAGAGCACAAAUCCUGGUGUAUCCUGACUUUCGUGCUAGGUUCGCUCUGUAUGUUUGCACAUUUUUAAAACAGCUCUUGUAAUGGCCAUUAGAGUUCAAGAGCUUACAUUCAGGUUCACAGGUGAGCUGGAGCCUACUUUGGCGAAAGAGUCCACUGCAUGAUAUAUCAACAAAUCAUUCCCACUCAUUAUUCGCACUGAGGCGGAACUGAACUGAGGAGUUGGGCACUGACUACAUCAUCAGCAGGUGUGGACCCAGUGAGAAACAAAUUCACGACCCCUGGUUUACCAAACCAAUGCUCUAACCACUGUGCUAUAUGGUCCCCCUUGGUGUGGAUGAACUGGAAUGGUCAAAAUAGAGACCUGACUGAGCACCUUAGGGAUGAAUUAGAGGGAAUUUGGAAACUGAUAGCCACGCCUUUUCCGUCAACAUCAGUGUGUGACCUCACAAAUGCACUUCUGGAAAACGCCCUAAAGUCUUAACAUACAUUCAAACCUUCCCACAAAAUAUGAAGCUGUUAUAUCCACCGACAUCAUAUAAAUCCCUCUGGAUUAAGAAUGGGAUGUCACAGUGCAACCAAACUCAUUUGAGUGUUUUGUUUUUAGCCAGAAUUAUGUUUGAGAUAUGGCUUAAUUGUUUUGCAUCAAUCCAUUUUCAACAUCGGUUAUCCUCACAAGUGUUGUGGGUAUGCUGGAGCCAAUCCUAGCUAACUGGGGUCUUAAAUCCAAUGGCUUGAAAUGCAUGAAAUUAUCUGGCAUCACAGAAGGGUUUUCAUUUUGUUAUUUAGCUCUAAGAGGUUUCUGUAAGAAACUUGAUGAUUUUGAUCAUUUUGAAUUCGAUAUUUUAUAAACGUUGAUAUUGAUGUUUAACUUUGCUUUUCACUGUCCAACAGAAAAUAACACGGGAUUUUUUUUUUAAUCUCAGAAAAGUACGUCCAUCCAUCCAUCCAUUUUCAGUAUCACUGAUCCUCACUUGGGUCAUGGGUGUGCUGGUGUCUAUCCCAGCUAUUUUCUAGUGAGAGGCAGGGUACACCUUGAACUGGUUACCAGCCAAUCACACGGCACAAAUAAUCAUUAACACUCACAUUCACACCUAUGGGCAAUUUAGAGUUGUCAUUUAACCUACAACGCAUGUUUUUGGGAUGUGGGAGUAAAGUGGAGUACCCAGAGAAACCCAUGCACGCAUGGGAAGAAGAGCAGUUCAGAGUCAGCUUUAAUGGCCAAUUAUGUAACAACACAAGGAAUUUGUCUCCGGCAGUUGGUGCCGCCCUGGUACGAAAUUAAUGUUGAGUAAGGAGAAGAACAAAGAACAAGAACGAAGAACAAUAGACAUUGAAUUCUGAAUCGCAUUGAAACCACUCGACAACUAAUCAUCCAUUGAAGAAACCCAUCUGAUUUAACUAUGGUGCAUUGUACGUGGUUCAGGAACAGUUUCGGAUCAGACCAGAAUGUAUGCAAGAUAAAUCCCUCAUUCAGUACAUUAAAAAAUGAAUAGAGAAAGGCUGUGGCAUUUCGAAGAAUGUGAGAUGGGCUUUUUCCAGGUUUCCUGAAAUGUUAGUUUCAUGUUUGUUUUUUUGUUUUCUCAAAUGUGUGUUUUGUUUUUAUGGUUCCUGAAAUGUGAACGUGUUUCAUGUUUUAUUUUUUAUGAUUUCUGGAAUGCUAGUGUUUCCCAAUUUGUUAUAUUUUUGUGCCCUUCCAGGCCACCAUUAUUCGCUCUUCAUACAAAGACUGUUUUAUCAUGCUGCACCAUUUGUAUUCUGUUGUUGAUUACUCCUGGCCACUCGUGUUUGAGAACUUUACCGUUUGCAUGAUUGUUAACUGUACCAAACUAUUGCUCUAUUACUUUAAACUGCUCUAAAUUGCUUGAGGACUGUAGAUAAGCAUUACUACCCCAGUGGUACAUUUUCAUUGCUCAAUGACUCUCCACGCUCAU